GAGUCCAAGGAAGUGUCUCAGAGACACCGACACUCCACAUCCAUCCUGAUGGAGCUGAGAGCUUCUGCAAAGAAAAAUGGAGGAAACAGCACAGAAAUCGGUGUGCCAAGCUGGUAGCAUCACACUCCGAACUGGAGGCUGUAUUUCCUGCCAAAGGUGCUUCAACAAUGUACAGAGCGAAGACUCCAACGAUGGAUGAAGUGAACGUUGUCUCUCUGGCUGUUGGGAGAUGUCUGGAUGCCUGCUGCCUGCUGCUCGACCUGCUGGUCAGGACGUUCACCUGGCUGUUUCACUUCCUCUCUGGCGUCAGCGCCUCCUUCCACAGCAUGCUGGUCGCCCUGAGCAGCUCCAGCCUGGUUGAGUACUGGAACUUUGCACUUUUCUCCUUUCUUACCGCCACAGAGGCCGUCUCCUGCGCGGCCUGUGGAGCGCUGCAGGCCGUGGAGGGCUGGCUGCAGGCGCUGGGAGGGGUGUUCGAGAGCUUCAAGAUGGUGGGACACCUCUUCUGUCAUGUGGCCUGGCGAGUCAAAGACUUGCUGCACCGCGGGUUUAUGUCAGGGAGCUGCAUCCUGAGGCAGACUUGUGAGGGCGUCUGCAUCGUGCUCAGCCUCGUCCUUUAUUUUGUCAACACGGUGAUCAACAUCGUUCUCAUCAGCACGCAGAACUGUGCGUGCGUCCUGGCAGGGGUCUGGGAGGUGGUGGCGGACCCUGUGCACAGGAUGGUCGACCUUACUCUGACUCUGCUGACCUUCUUGUACAGCUGCCUCGUCGGAGCAUCUGUGCUGCUGUGGACGCCUUGUCAGCUGCUGCUGGACUUCCUGGCUGCAAUUGGACGUGUUGUCAUGACUAUUCUGACCCUUGACUUAAACGUUUUACUCAUCACUGUUGUUGUUGUUGCACUUGUGAUGUUGUUUCUGCACCCCAGACUUUCUGCCCUCGCCGCACACCAGAGCCUCAGACUUAUGAACGCCUUCCAGGGGCCGGGUCACGCACAGACGAUACUAGAGCACACUCCCACAAGGCCCCCACACGCUCACACGGUAGCUGUAAUCACUGAAAACGACCCAUCAGAGACUGACCCGAGCCCGCCAGCCUCUCUGCAGCUAAACGGCAAUCCUGCAAACGUCAGAAAGAAAAGAACUCACAGGAAGAACAAACCUCCCGACGCCGGCGGCCCCCUCACAGACAUGGAGCUGCUCAGCCUGUUGAAGGAGCAGGAGGAGAGGAAGAAGUGCGUCAUCUGUCAGGACCAGAGUAAAACAGUGCUGCUGCUGCCGUGUCGCCACCUCUGCCUCUGUCGACACUGCGCCGACAUCCUGACGCAGCGGCGAGCCGUGCAGCAGCGCUGCUGUCCGCUGUGCAGGCAGCCAAUCACACAGACCAUGGACGUCUUCCUCUGACCAACACACUCUGCACUACUAUGACUGUCUGCUCGUCUGAGUGUUUAAACCUUCCAGCAUUCAUAUGUGCCAACUGCUGUGGUUGUUGAUUUCAUGUUUGAGUUUUUUCUACAGGAAUCAGGAAGCUUUUCUAUCUCAGCACUUUUAUUUUCAACCAUUUAGAAGAAAAGUAUUUAGUCUGCUAAAACAUCGACCAAGCUCUUAAACUUCUUCACCUGUGAUUGAUUGUUUCAUGAAACUGUAGCUGCUGAUAAUCAACACUGGAGUAUUACACGUGAAGAUCUGUGCCAAGACUGUUUCAAUGCAUAAAGUAUGAUUGUUUUUCUUAUUUAUUUAAAAUGUAAAGGUUGUCCAAUAUGCUGAAGACUUCAAAUAUACAGUGAAAGUUGACUUUGAGUGAAGUUUAUCCUUCCAAACUGCCAGAUUCUUUUCUUUCCAUGGUAAUUACAUGGCUGGUUCUUGUUUUUUUAGCACUCUGCUUCUUUUAAAGAACAACUGAUAUUCAUGCCUUACUUACUGCUGUUGCUAUUUAUUAAAGUUUGUAAGAAUA